AUGUUCUCCAAAAACCGCCCUCGUAAGGUGGCUGUCAAAGCUGUCAUAGGCCUUAUUGCGGCCUCACUUCUAGUCUCAUUCGCAUUAUAUUCAUGGGACUAUAACAAAACCAUCCCUCUGCGGCGCGCUUUACUGCCAUCGCUGGGAUCCAAAAAUAACACUGUUAUUCUCUUUUGGAAUGGAUUUUUCGAUGAUAGCCGUUGGACACUACCCGUGGAUACUCUUCAUGUACAAUGCCCACUUGCCAACUGUACUCUCACAAACCAACACGAGUAUCUGCCAGCGAUCGUUGAUUACACUGCAAUCGUUUUUCAUACCGCGCGUCCAUUUUCGUUUCUUAACGGUCGACCGCGUCAGCGCACCGCCAAUCAAUGGUACGUUUUCACGCAAUUAGAGUCACCCGAGCACACAUGGCACGAUUUGCAUGGCGAAAGAGAUUUCUAUAAUCUCACAAUGAGCUAUCGCCUGGACUCGGACAUUGUAUGGAGUUAUAAUAGCGUUCGAGAGAGGAGAACCAAUAGAAUAGUCGCUCCUGUACGCAAUCCUAACUGGCGCACAGUUGAUGUAGGCUGGACCCAAAGUGAUUCAGAUUUGUUGGCGUUAAUUGAACGAAAGAAAAAGCUGGCCGCUUGGUUUGUGUCUAACUGUAAGGUGCCGUCGCAGCGAGAACGCUUGGUGAGAGAAUUGCAGACUCAUUUGAAGGUCGAUGUGUAUGGGAAGUGUGGCCCGCUGAGGUGUGAACGCUCCGAUAGCAGCUGUUAUGAAAUGCUCGACACUCACUACAAAUUCUACUUUAGUUUUGAGAAUUCGCUAUGCGUCGACUACGUUACGGAAAAAUUCUACAAUGCGCUGCAGCGACAUAUCGUUCCAGUUGUGUACGGUGGAGCAAAUUAUACCAGAUUUGCACCACCGCAUUCCUACAUAGAUGUUCAGGAUUUUAAAAAUGUUUCAGCACUUGCGGCAUACCUCGUACAUUUGGAUAAUAAUCCGCUGGAGUAUGCGAUGUAUUUUUGGUGGCGCCGCCAUUACACGAUUAUUCCCUACGAUAGUGGCCUGCAAACGUUGCCUUACUGCGAUUUAUGCCAGCGCAUUACCUCACAUCCAGCUAUUAGACAGACACAAGUCUAUGAAGAUAUAAAUGCAUUUUGGACUCAGGACGUGUGCGAUGUGGGGCCUCGAAUACAAUUUUAG